AGCCUCUCUUGCCUGUAUGCAAGCCCUGCAUUUCUGGAGUCUGCUUGUCACCUGUGCAGUUGCAGUAGGAAAAGAUCAAGUACUGAAGAAGCAAGGGUGCCUUAAGAUCAGCGCACAGAUGCCAGAAUUUCAGAAGAAAACUGUCCAUAUCAAAGACCCAGAAAAGGUAGAAGAAAUUAUAUGUGGUCUCAUCAAAGGAGGAGCUGCCAAACUUCAAAUAAUUACAGACUUUGAUAUGACGUUAAGUAGGUUUACCCAUAAUGGCAAAAGAUGCCCCACAUGUCAUAAUAUCAUUGACAACUGUAAUCUCAUUACAGAGGAAUGUCGCACAAAGUUAUUCCAUCUAAAAGAAAUAUAUUAUGCUAUUGAAAUUGAUCCUAAUCUUACCGUGGAAGAGAAGUAUCCAUAUAUGGUUGAGUGGUACAACAAAUCCCAUGCUUUGCUUAUUGAACAAGGAUUACAGAAGAACAAACUUGCUGAAAUUGUGAGAGAGUCUGAUGUUAUGCUUAAAGAGGGAUAUGAAUUUUUUUUUGACAAACUUCAAGAACACAAUAUUCCAGUAUUUAUAUUUUCUGCUGGGAUUGGAGACAUCCUGGAACAGAUUAUUCAUCAAGAAGCUGUCUACCGUUCCAAUAUCAAAGUAGUUUCCAAUUUUAUGGAGUUUGAUGAUAACGGCAUAUUGAAAGGAUUUAAAGGAGAAUUAAUUCAUGUUUACAACAAACAUGAUGGAGCCUUGAAAAAUACAGAAUACUUUAAACAAUUAAAAGACAACAGCAAUAUCAUAUUACUUGGAGAUUCUCAAGGAGACUUAACAAUGGCAGAUGGAGUGGCAAAUGUUGAACAUAUUCUUAAGGUUGGGUAUCUCAAUGAUAAAGUUGAACAACUUCUGGAAAAAUAUAUGGAAUCCUAUGAUAUUGUUUUGGUAAAAGAUGACUCUCUGGAUGUGGCCAACUCAAUCCUGCAAAAGAUUUUGUAAUAUAUCAUUGUUUUCCAUUAAAAGAACCUCUUUGGACAAAUUGGCAUGAUCCACUAUAAAAACAAUAAUCCAAUGCUGCUUUCCACACUAUUACCAUUUCAUAUAGAAAGUACUGUAUUUCUCAUUAUAUUGCUCCAUGCUGUUGAAUUAUAUUUCACUGUUUAUUAUCUCCCUAUUUAUUAAUUCCAAUGGAAAAUGAUUAUUUGAAAAAAUAUCUUUAUUUCUGCACAAUAAAAUUCAUAUUUUCAG